GGGCAAUAUCGAAUAAACGUGCAGAAGCCCUAUGUUGAUCAAGCAGCUACCAACUUAUGGUUAACAGCAGRCGACUUAAAAGGUGAGACUGAAGGUUUCAUCAUUGCUGCACAAGACCAAUYGCUAAUGACACGCAACUAUCAACAUUACGUCCUUAAAGACAACAGCACUGAUGGUCUCUGCAGACUAUGCCACAGCAAAACGGAAUCUAUCGAUCAUCUUCUUACCGGCUGUGAGAUUCCUGCACCAACACAGUACUUAAAAAGACACAACAACGCAGCCUCUUACUUACAUUGGGUUAUCUGCAAAGAUCACGGAGUUCAGGUGACAGACAAGUGGUACCAGCACGAUCCACCAAAGGUUGUAAUCAAAGAUCACAUUACCAUCAUGUGGRACUGUUCAAUAAUAACAGAUAGGGCAAUUCAUGCGAACAGGCCAGACAUAGUGGUUAAAGACAGCAUAAAUAACACRUGCCAACUGAUUGAUAUGUCAACACCAUCAGAUCGAAACAUCUGCCUUAAACACCAYGAAAAGAAAAGCAAGUAUAAAGACCUUGAAAUUGAAAUUAGAAGAAUGUGGGGUACCACUACGGAAGUUAUACCAGUCAUUGUAGGGGCCCUAGGAACGAUAAAAAACGGAACAACAGAAAAUCUGCAAAAAAUAUCAACAUUCAGAUAAAAACAUUGCAGAAGAUUGUACUGUUAAGCUCAUCCCACAUGAUGAGAAAUAUUGGACUAUAGACGGUUAUAUAUUUCAUUUAUAAUUGUAUUGAGAAAGCCUAAGGAAUAAGGUUUAUUCCUGGCGAAACCUGUAA